UUUAUGCGCUCAGGACUUGUGCACUGACUCCUGGGUGCCCUAGGCGUUUUCACUGCAAUAUCUAGCCUGGAGGAGGUGUGUAAUUUUGAGGUAAUUAGGACAGGAUGAUCCGUCAGACAAUAUCGCUCUUUUGCUGUGCCUGCAUCGUUUCCGGUGUGGCAUGCACUGCAAUCUUUAGCCCCCGCGAGCAGUCCAGUGAGGCUUUAGCCUAUCCAAUCACAAGAACAUGCUGGCUUGAUAAAAAGGGUACGUCUGUUAUACCUCAACGUCUUCCAGCCUGCGUUCUAAUAUAGGGAUAUGCCAGUAUCUCAUGUAUCUCGUUCCUUGGCCUUUUUCCAAGCCGUCGAGUUAGAGAUGCUGCUUCUGCCCCGCUGCGUUGAAGUCUUCAGUCCAUUUGUCCAUGGAAACGGGUGGGAACGAUGAUGAGGCUGUGCUUUUCCAGAGUGGUCAUGCAUGUUUUACUGCAAUCUCGGGCCCGGGGAGAAGAUUUGUAGAACCCUGAUCCUACCCAAUUAUCAGAAUGACUGUAGUGAUUCACACACACAGAACAUAGACAUAGCAAUAGCCUCAGGACAUUCCAAAACAAUUCUCAGCCCGGGAGAGGAGUUUUGGGGGAUCCCGUCACUGGAUAGAGAAUUCCAAUACCGAGUAUACUUCCACUGUAGACUCCUGAGUCCCCGAGAAAAGUCUGAAGAUUUGCAACCAUCCGGCUAUCACAAUCAAGCAGAACUUGGUCAGUGGACCUCCAUUCCAUCCAAAGCAGCGUGUUUCCUUUUGCGGCCGCAAAUGAGAAUCAGAGAGGCAGUGAUGUUUGGCUUUUCACUGCCAUUCCCGUCCUGAGGAAAGAGCUGUUGCUCUCCUCAUAUUGUCUGCGAGGCCAGGUAGGUGGAGUAGAUCAUGGUGGUAUGUUGUUGUUUCCUGUUUUGAUGGAUUGCACUGCUAUAUUUGGCCCAGGGAAGGAGCAAUGGUUCCCAUGUGGUCUGCCAUGUGCC